AUGCCAACGUUCAGAUUCCAGGCGCCUCUCGAAGAGCUAUUCCUGGGAGAAUGGUUCAUGAUCCGUUCUUCCAACGGCUUCCGGAAAGACAAAAGAAACGUUCGCUGCCAGUACACCGCCACCGCUUCCCACAUCGAAGACGAAGCUUUUUAUCAGACAGUGAACUCAGAUACGGUAAAAUCUGUGGUCGGUAAGGAUACGGCCUGUGAGGGGAACGUGGGGGUGUACUCUUGGCAAGGGAAAGGCUUGCUCAGAGUGGCCAGUGCAAGGUGGGAGGACUGGAUGUUGGUGUUUGCGCAUCAGUCUAUUUUCACCUCAGCUGCUAUCAAUUUGAUGUGUCGGAGUCAAGAUGGCUUAAACGAAGAAGACAUGCGGUUGGUGGAAGGUUGGCUUUCUUCAGUUGCGGAGAAUAAGUUUCGGCAGAUUGUCUCGAAUUUGGCGGAUAUCAAACAGGAAUGA